CCCUGUCGCACUAAUUUCUGACCCCCUCGGAGCUGCAUCCCCGGACGCUUGGAAUAGAGGUUGUUUCCAAUCACCUGACUAAUCCCGCUUUUCCUCUUCAAAAUACCAGUGCUAGGGUGGGUCCGCAUCAGCUUUAGCAUCAUAUUAAUCUUCAACAGAGCUUCCCUGGGAUGUUGCAAAUACACCGAGUGUCAAAUUCAAUACUCGAUUUCAUGGUAGAGAAGGUCAUAAGCAAUAACAAUGACUUCUUUAAGCAAAGACACCAGAGUAACUAGUCUCUCUGGUGAAGAACAGCAUCAGACAGAGCUUCGCGCCGAGGAUUUGAAACGUUCACAGAGAACUUCUCAGUCCUCUGGAAACCUCAGAGAUUAUGAUUGGGAUCGACUGCAGGAAGAGUACAUUGGUUCCAUGGAAAAGCAUGAACAAGAUGAACAAGAAUUACGCAGCCAUGUCUCCAAAUUGCUAAAGAUCUUUAUGGCUUGGUCUGAGACCACUAUCGCGCGCGAUGAGAUCAGGGCGCUCAAAAGAUUUAAAACACAAAUGCAACAUGUUCAGACAUCUGAAGAGAGCCUGGAGCUGAAACGCAAACAUUACGUGGAUGUGGUCAAGGCAUUCGAAAGUGCCCUCGCGCUUUUAAACGACCGCAUAAAAUCCUGAUCUUGUGUAGCUAGGCGGGAUUGUUUAAGGAUCGAGUGCCACCCUUUCAUCGUACUAAGUCUGCAAAGUGGAUGAAUAACAAAUACAUAAGAGAUCCCAUAAUUGGCAUAGCAAUUAACGCAAUGAAUAUGUUCUAGACAUAGACUUUGGCUGCCACGAGUUGGACAACCAGUUGCAAUUGAUGACAUCAACGCGUCGCCCAGCAUUGGUCAGGAGACCUUCCUCCUCGGCCUCCUCGGCCUCCUGGUCAAGUAGGCGUUCAUCAAGUUUCGGGUGGCGGCUGAGAGAGGUGAUAAAGACAAGUAGGUAGAUGCCUGGUUAGGAUAUUCCCCAUUAACGAUCGACUACGCAUGACUGGAAUCGACGGUGCUUACCAAGGAAGACAAAUUGGGACCAGAAAAAUACGGUACCGAAGAAGGGAUA